UUUAUUCGUGACAGCCACUGCCAGCAGAGUUCAAGGAGGUCAAUGUUUAUUAUAAUUUUACUAAAAAUUGAAGAAUACUCUAUCGAACUACCUUACUCGCUGCUUUAAGAUAAUGAUAGCGGAGGCUUAAGUCUCAAUAUGUUCGGUCGUGGAGACCACGUUUCGCUCCACUUAACUGAAGAAAAAGUACCCCAAAAAAAGAGCAGUUUUAAAUUUAAAAGGCAAUGGAAUCAACUGUCAAAAUGCCAAAAAAGUGUAAUUUACAUGGUUGGUCUGAUUUUCUUGAUUACCACAUUUUACAUUGUGUCAGUAGAGCCCAAAGGUGCAGUAAUAUCAGUUGACAAUGCUUCAAGGAGCCAGUAUGAUAGGCAAACCUUAAUUAAUAUAAGAAAUGAUCCGAGGGAUGUUGCGGAAAAUGCAGUGGAACCCCAUAAUGAAAAUCAAGUACUUGAAGAGCCUCAGGGAGCUCAAAUGAACAAUAAAGUUGACAGUGAACAAGUAGCCGAACCUCCCAAGAAUGUUGUACUCUUUGGAGGGCCUUCAACAGUAAGACAAAAAGCUGUUGUCAAGGCUUUUCAGCAUGCCUGGAAAGGGUACAGGCAAUUUGCAUGGGGUCAUGACCAUCUUAAACCAAUUUCUGAAUCAUAUCAGGAUUGGUUUGGUCUUGGACUCUCAAUCGUUGAUUCCCUUGAUACCAUGUAUAUCAUGCAUCUUACAGAAGAGUAUCAAGAAGCAAGAACAUGGGUGGACAAACACUUGAAUUUUGAUGUAAAUAGGGAUGUGAAUCUAUUUGAAGUCACUAUAAGAGUCUUAGGUGGUCUACUAAGUAUAUAUCAUUUUACAAAAGAUGAUAUGUACCUCCAGAAAGCCACUGACUUAGCUGAUCGUCUUCUACCUUGCUUUGAAAGUGAAUCAGGCAUCCCAUAUUCGGACAUUAAUCUCUUUACCAGAAAAGCACAUGCUCCAAAGUGGUCACCGGACUCUAGUACCUCAGAAGUGACCACAAUUCAAUUGGAAUUUAAAUACUUAAGCUGGGUAACUGAUAAUCCCAAAUAUGAGAAUGUUGUCACAAAAGUGUCCCAGUUAGUACAUAAACUGGAGAAGACUGAUGGACUGGUUCCUAUUUUCAUUAACGCCAACACUGGCCAAUUUAGGGCUUUCGCCACCAUUACUUUGGGGGCAAGAGGUGACAGCUAUUAUGAGUAUUUGUUGAAACAGUGGAUUCAAAGUGAUAAAAGUUUGGACUACCUUAAAAAUGAUUAUGUCGAGAGUAUAGCAGGUGUGGAAAAACACUUAGCAAAGAAGACUGUUCCAAAUGGGUUCCUGUUUAUUGGAGAGUUACUAGGAGGGGCAAGGGAUUUCAAACCAAAAAUGGAUCAUUUGACUUGUUAUUUACCAGGAACUUUAGCUUUAGGUGCACAUAACGGCCUACCAAACUCGCAUUUAAAAAUGGCGGAAGAUUUACUAACCACGUGUUAUCAAACAUACGCACAACAGCCUACCUUUUUAGCUCCAGAGAUUACCUAUUUUAAUAUUCAGGGAGAAAACUCAAAUGAUAUGUAUGUAAAAUCGAAUGAUGCUCACAAUUUACUCAGGCCCGAGUUUAUUGAAAGUUUAUGGUACAUGUACCAGUUCACUGGAAAUACCACCUAUCAAGAUUGGGGGUGGCAGAUAUUUCAGGGUUUUGAAAACUACACAAAAGUGGCAAACGGUUACACUUCAAUCGGAAACGUAAAAAACACCGCUAAUGUCAGACCGAGAGACAUGAUGGAAUCGUUCUUUUUAAGUGAAACUCUGAAAUACCUAUAUUUGCUGUUCAGUGACGAUCCGAAACUAUUAGAUUUAAAGAAAUACGUUAUAAACUCCGAGGCUCAUCCAUUUCCUAUAGGCAGGGGAAACAUUUAGGCUUUAGAUUAUUUUAAUUGUAGCGUCAAUUUUUAGUUCGGUCUCUUAAAUGUAGAUAAUAUCUAGUCAAGUGAAAAGACUUUUGAUAUGAGGGUAUGUGUGUAAGCUUUAAGUCUGUUGUUAUUUUAUAUUUUUUUUUCGAAUAUCUUCAAUGCAACACCGAAUGAUAUAAUACCUUUGUUUAUACCCCAUAAAUACUUAAUUUUAAAGUUAAGAGAUUAGUGUUUAUUUGAUAUAUAUAUAUGUUGUGGACCAGAAAAUUGUGACAAAUGUGAUAAAAAAAGGGUUUCGCGAUUUGCAUUGAUUAUGUUACAAUGUAAAAUUUUUUAUGCUGAUUGUGAGCUAGCAAUAUAUCCCAUUUGUUGGUUCAAUUUUUUAGGUUGCACAAUAUGUAUUUUGAUAUUAUUCGAGUCAUCACAAUUUUUGUAAUGUACGUCUUAAGCCAGUAAACUGUCAUAUUGACAGAAAUUUUGAUCUUUUACCCUGGUUGAUUUUUGAAGUGACUUUUGUUACACUGAUUUUUUGUUUACAAUAAAGAAUCUAGAUAAAA